AUGUCUACACCAGUUACAAAAGCUUUUCAUAUGGAGAAAGUCGAGUUGAGCGGACCUAGAGUCGACGCGAUUUUAUCACAGCUAGGGGAAUGGCUUCCCAACGCAAAAUUUGAACUAGAUGGAAAGGUAGAGAAGUGUGCGGAUGCAGAGCUAGAUCACCGCUGCCGACCCCUCUUUAUCGAGUUGGAUAUACUCAGAAAGAUCAGCUCUCAGCAAAUCCGAAAGAAAUACAAUGUUAUACGAAUCCUUUCUCAAGAGCCCGUAGAGUUCUACAGCUCUGUGGGGGAAACGGACCUCAUUCCUAUUCAUCUUCUUACAAAAUCUAAUACGAAGAUCGCAGGCCGAACAAACUCUCAACGGCGAGUACGGAUUUCUCGAAAAGCAUACUUUCGGCCCAAUCAAUUAUAA